AUGGCGGUGGCCAGCGAAUUGGAGUGGAUCCCGGAGACAUUGUACAACUCGGCCAUCACUGCCGUCGUGUCGACUUAUUCUCGGCACCGCCCGGAGCUCCGAUCGCUGCCGGAAAACAUCCAGUUCGAUGUUUACUACAAGCUAUACAAACAGGGUCGACUUUGUCAGUUAGGCAUGGAAUUCUGUGAGCUGGAUGUCUUUGCGAAAGUCCUGCGUGCCAACGACAAAAGACAUCUACUGCACCAUUGCCUGCAAGCCUUGAUGGACCAUGGUGUUAAGGUGGCAUCGGUGCUUGCUGAUUCCUACGCCACCCAGGCUGCAUUGCUGCGCGUCGAGCAAACCAGCAGCAUGGAGAAGGCUAUACAACUGGCAUUUUCACUGGGUGGGUUCUUGUCGGAGGCUGGGUGGUACUACGAAGCGGAGAAAGUCAUUGACGCUUGCCUGAGGCUGUGCAUGCUGCAUGAGGAUGAAGCCCAUCAAUGCAUGGCGUACGAGUGCUGUACAAUGUUGAUCCAUGUGCGGAAUGCUAACUGCCGGUACGCUCAGGCGGAGGACUCCUACAACAAAGCCAUGAGCAUUAUGAAUAACCUACAAGAGAAGAAGCGACAGAUUAACCUGGCUGCACUCCACGGUGAAAUGUGUGCUCUGCUGUUUGCUAAAAGCCAAUAUGAUGAGGCUUAUAACCACUGUGUCCUGGCACUCAAGAGCAUCAACAACAACAUACCAGUCCGCUGCAUCGUUCACAUUCUGCGGCAGGCUGCCAAGGCCUGCGUCGUCAAGCGAGAAUUCAAGAAGGCUGAGCUGCUCAUCAAACAUGCCAUCUUUCUGGUCAGGGAACAUUUUGGAACGAGACAUCCCAAAUAUUCCGACAUCCUUCUGGACUUUGGCUUCUAUCUGCUGAACAUUGACUCCAUCAGUCAGUCAACAGUUGUUUAUCAGCAAGCCCUAGACAUCAGGCUCUCAGCGUUUGGGGGUCGCAACCUCCAUGUCGCCAUUGCGCACGAGGACCUGGCAUACGCGUCUUACGUCCACCAGUAUAGCUCAGGCAAAUUUGAUGACGCUCGAGAGCAUGCGGAAAAAGCUAUCUCCAUUAUCACCCAGAUCCUACCAGAGAAUCAUCUAUUAUUAGCAUCGUCUAGAAGGGUCAAAGCCCUGAUCCUUGAGGAGAUUGCCAUCGAUUCCCAUGACAAGGACACAGAAGGCAAGCUGCUCCAGGAGGCCCAUGACCUGCACCUCUCAUCUCUCAACCUGGCCAAGACGGCCUUCGGAGAGUUCAACGUCCAGACCGCUAAGCAUUACGGCAACUUAGGCAGGCUGUACCAGUCCAUGCACAGAUACAAGGAGGCGGAGGAGAUGCACAAGAAAGCCAUCACCAUCAAGGAGAGGCUUCUAGGCGAGGAGGACUACGAAGUGGCGUUGUCUGUCGGUCAUCUAGCGUCGCUGUAUAACUAUGACAUGAAGCAAUACUCUGAGGCUGAGGCCCUGUACCUGAGGUCUAUUGACAUAGGGAAGAAGCUGUUCGGUCCCGGCUACAGCGGUCUGGAGUACGACUACCGUGGCCUGAUCCGCCUCUACAUCAACACUGGCGAGUUUGAGAAGAUGAACGACUACCACGAGGUACUGAACCGAUGGAAGCUGCUGCGGGAGGGCUCGCCGAGUCCCGUCAAUAUCGUAGACUACCUGGCCAACUACAAGAGUGAUCUGACCACGGAGCAGGUCAUUCAGAAGUUCUUUAAGCAGGACUGAGGUCAUCAGUUUCUGUUUUAUGUCCAGACUUGUGAUUGGAACCAAUCUUAGGAACUAUCUGGCCAUUCUUCAGAACUGAAGCCAUCUGAUCUGUGUUUGUCCGGACUUGGGGUUGGAACCAGUAUAAGGAACAUUGUAGAACACCUGAUCACAGAAAAGGUCAUUCAGAAGUUCUUUGAGCGGACAGAAGCUGUUGACUCCUUGUCAAUGUCUAAGAGCGGGACUGGAACCAAUCUUCGAAACUAUGUAAAAUUAGGAGGCCCUUGUGGAGUUCUUGAAGCAGAAUUGAAGCCAUCUACAUUUGUGAAUGUCCAGGAGCAGGACUGGAACCAAUCUGGGGAACUUUGUUGAAGAUCAGAUCACAAAAAAAAAGGUUAUUAAAAGAUCUUCCCUGAGAACUAAAGCUGUCGAUGGAUGUCAGUGACCAGGUGUGUGGCUGAAACCCAUCUCAGGAGUGUCCGAUCACAGAACUGGUGAUUCUGAAGUUCUUUGUGAUGUGCACCUGCUCUGUUUACAGGAGAUAAUGAGGGUUUGAACCCACUAUAUUUAAUCAUCAUUAACCUUCAACUUUUUGUAACACUUGUGGUUUGCAGCAGCAAGGAUUCAAACCAGCCAUACCUCUUAAAUACGUCGGGAACUUCCUGUAGGACUGUUCACAUCAUUGGCACAUGACCCGCAGUUGGGAGAGCAAUUCUAAAUACAGAGAAAUGCUGUUCCAUCUGGGAAGUAUUCCAGGUGGGAAACUGCAUUCCAUUUUCAAGACUAGUGCAUUUACGGGUAGUACUGGAACCGGGUACCCUAUUGAAGUAAAACACGGGUACCCGGGUACCCGUCAAAGAAACCCAACCCAAAAUUCAAAUCCUGGAAGUUGUCUGAAGGUUCUGAAGCUUUGUAGUGUAAACUGUAAGCUUCGCGAGCGUCAUCUGUCACACGUUAAAAUGCACAUAAACGAGAAAUCUGUUUUGGUUUUCCGUGUAGCCUGGUUUCCAUUUUGAAAAUUCCCAACAAAAAGGCAUUUCAAAACCUUUCCUUUUCAUAUUCUGAGAAGUUACUUAGUAAUUUGUAAAGUUGGUUACAGGUACCCGAUGCCAUAAUCUGGAACUGGUUUCUGACAUCAGCCGUCGGGCACUUGGGUACCCAGUUCCAAUUCACAGCCCUAUUCAAGACACUCUCUUACGUUCCAUAAAAUGACUAGCUGUAAUUAUGAAUGAAAGAUGAUUGAAUUAAAAGUUCAAUUUUUUUUAAUGUUUAAGUGGUACAUAUAUGCGUACCAGAGAAAGUAUAUAUUCAUUAUUUUGGCCAGAUUUUCAGAUGCUAAGCUUGACAUGUUAGGCUUGGGUCUCUUCUUUAUCUGAUAUAUUUAUUGCACCCCUAAACCCCUGUAUUCCCUAUCCGGUUCGUUAGUGUGACGUCAGUUCAGUCUAAACCACGCACACUAGCAAUUAAGUAGCAUUGGAACCAUUGAAACCGGAAGUUAACGCAACUUCAGUGUUUAGCCAAUGGCGCCAGUAAUCAUUGGUGCGCGCGCGUGCAUGACGUUUUUACUAACGAACCGGAUACCGCUCUUAACAUCACCAGUAUUGUGUUAACUAAUCCAGUGAACAAAAUAAGCCAUUUUUAGGUGGCACCACGUCUGCUCGCAUGCUGGAGAACAGCUGCUUCUUAAAGACGAGGGGCGCGCGCAUUUUGGUAACCCUAUUGGUCGUAGGAGCCCUGAGUGCACGCGUAUUACCGGAGCGCAACUAGUGCGAGCCUAGUACCACAUCAGAAAAUGGCGGUUGCCGGAUUAAUCUAUACAUUGUUCAUAUUUUUUUUAUGGAUUCAUCUAAGAAUAAAACAAAUGUAAUUCAAUAGGGUAAAUAACAACCAAAAAUAAAGUUUGAAAUGUUGGUCCAUAAAAGCCACUAGUUACUAGUCUUAUGUAGAAAUGUGUACAUAACCUUCAAAAUAUUUAACUCAAUUAUGCAUCAGUGGAAGGUCCAGAAAUAUAACUUGUUAUAUACCAGUUGAAAAAUAGUUGGUGUUUUCGCUGCCAAAGUAUGUAAGUUGCUGUUUGUUUGCACCUCACAAAAAACUGUUUGAAAAAGUUACCAGAAAAGAGUCACAAAAAUCUGAAACGGCAACAUUUUCUCACUUGAAAUGAGUGGAAUUUGUUUCUGCAGAUAUUGUCAAGGUUUACGUCUUACUUCUGACCAACCCAGCCAAUUUUCUGACACUUUGUUUAAAGAAAACCCAUCUAGGUUUGUACUACUUGUAAUUGGCAGAUAUAAUAUACCUAAACUUGAAAACUCCCGUUAAAAUUCCUUAACCAUCCAUCAGAUAUAGCCAAUUUUUGGGAGAAAACUUAUUAUGAAUAUGUAAUGUCUGAUACAAUUUUCACAUGCCCUACCUCCCUAUCUGCGAGUUUUUUUUUUUUUUGAUUUAAAGUUUAGUUACACAAAAAAAAGGUUAAAGUGUAGCUUUUGAACCCCACCCCUCAGUAUCCAUUGUAUUAAUUAUUUACUUUAAUUUUAAAACUUAAGCUUUAAAAUGUUAAUGGCUUAUGGCUAGCAACUUUUUUUGUUUAAUUUCCUAUGACUUUCAGGAAAGAAAACAUCAAUGUAAAUAAAGCCAAACAAAAAUAAAGAUAUGUCAUAAUACGUAGAUGCAGUUUGGUGCAAUAUUUAUGUAAAGCUUUAUCAACCACUGUACAUUACAAUAAAAGCUGUACGGAUAAAAUAGCAUUGAAAGCAUUUAAUCCUAAUAAAGGUCUAUUCAGAAAGAAGACAU